AUGGCUCCAAAUACGGAUAUAUCGACCCGCUCUUUUAUUGUUGCAUUGAAGUCACCUUUUAGUGGCAAAUCUACACGCGAAAUCGCAGAAAUGACAGGCAUAUCGCCGCGUACGAUCGACUCAAUUUAUGGUAGAGCCUGCCAGCGAGGCUUUGAGCCUAACGCACGCCUAAUUAAGAUCCUUCCGCAGUACCUCGAAGAUGCCCCGCGCGCAGGCCGCCCUCGUAAACAAGAAGAAAUACACGACGCUACUCUUAAGAACUGUUCACGGCUACAACGUCUCGUCGUCCACCGUAUGGAGAGUCCUUCGAGCAGCCGGUUACAACAAGACGAAGCCGACGAGGAAGCCUGGGUUGACGACGAAGAUGAGACAGGAAAGACUUGA